AUGCUACCUCCUGAAUUUAAAAGCUUUAAGCUCGUUGAACAUCAUGAAGGAUCAAGAAAUUACUUUCACGAACAUGAAGCAGAUCAAUGGGCAUUUUGUCAUUAUUUCAACCAAACACAGAAUAGUCUCAACAAGUUUAAAAAGUACAAUGCCAUUUUAAAUGCCUAUCAAAAAGACCUUGAUUGGCUUAUUAACCAGCGUUCACCUGGAAGUUCUACACUUAAAGCAGAAGCGGCCUUGUCUAAAACGAUUAGAUGUGUUAACAAUAAAAACACUGUUAACAUGAUCGAUAACAACAAUAACAUUGGAAAUAUCCAACUUGGUGAUACAUAUAGCGCAUCCGAAAGUAGCAGCAUGAAUACAAAACGCAAGACUAUUGAUGACUCUGAAGAAAUAGCAAAAAUGAAGAAGCCCUAUCAAAAAAUGGCACAGCGACUGAUAUAA